UUGAGAUAACCUAGUAAAAUUGGCAAUAUUACAAAAUAGUGUUAAAUUGAAUAUGACAUUUGUGUUUUACAUGGGCCAUUUAAGUAGUGUUUCUUUCUAAAAUUUUGAAAUUCGUAAUAUUAUUUUGCUAAGUAAUAUGUGAAAAAUCUGAAUUUCAAUCAAAACGCACCACUGUCAUAAAAUAUAUCAAAUUUCCGACUGUAGAAUAUAAAUUUGUGUAAAUAUUUUUAAGUAGUAGUUUUCAAUCUAACUGGUAACACUGGCCAAUGUUUUAAACAAAAGUCUGACAGCGUAAAUAGUUAUGUUUACAGUCUAAGCCAAUAUAUCAAAGAGAAAAUGGCUGGUAGAGUACCAAGACACACAUCUGUAGUGCGGCAAUCACCAGCAAAUGUUACAGUAUACCUGAGAAAAGCCACUGAUCUUGCUCAAAAGCGUGACUAUCCCUCAGCCUACCAGUACUUCAUCAAGUACUUUGAAAGCUUGGAUAAUCCAAAUAAAGCUCCACUGAGCGUACAAAAGAUAUUCACAAAUGUCAUUUGUGAAAUUGGGACAGCUCUAGAAGCAACCAACAACAUAGAGGAGUUACUAAAAUGUUACCUCCAGGCUAUAAACUUUUUUCCGAAUAAUUACAUGAUUCUCAACAAUCUUGGUGGUUAUAUGUACAGAGUUGGAGAACUGGAAAUUGCCAGAAGAUAUUUGGAAGCUGCAGUAAAGGCAAAUCCAAAGUUUUUGCCAGCUGAGAAGAAUCUGCUUUAUGUAAAGUGGCAUCAGUUACCAAGAUGGCACUUCAGAAUGUUGAAUGAUCUUAGAAGAAAUGUGGCUUAUGUACGUGCUAUUGAUGAACUGCUUGAGGAGGGAUUCACUAAUGUUGUAGACUUGGGCGCUGGUUGUGGAUUGUUGAGCCUCAUAGCCGCCAGUAAUCCGAAAGCGAAUGUGACCGCAAUCGAAGAGAACAAACUAUUGUACAAGAUGUGCUCGGAGAUCUUGAAGGAGAACGAAGCGACUAACGUGCGCCUCUUGCACUGUAAUUCGACGGAAUUAAAGAGCGCUCCAGCCCCCUGCAACCUCCUGGUCACUGAGAUCUUCGACGUGGCGUUGUUCGGUGAACGCGCCCUCGAAACGCUCACGCAUGCUCUAAGAACGCUUGUUACUUAUCCGAAGUACAGGGUUAUACCGGCCAGGGCGCAGUUAUAUGUCACCGGCAUAUACAGCGGUUAUAUUGGGUGCCGAACAACGGUGGUAACACCCUUACCCCAGUUGAACAUAUUGAAGUCGAAAAUCUGUAUAAGACAGAGUGACUCUGAACCGUACGAGGCCGAGUAUCUGAAUAAUCCAGCCAUUGCUCUCAAAUACCAAACAGACACUGCACUUUUUGCUAGCAUUGAUUUUUCCAACUGCAACCAAUUGGAGAAGAUUGUCAAGGGCGAGAAGCAAUUUGACAUUCAAUUAAAAUGCGUGAACGAUGGAUGGGUGCAUUCACUCGCCGUGUGGUUCGACUUGGAUUUGACCCAGGAGGUGCGCAUCACAACCGAUCCACGUAACAAAAAGUGCGUGAACUGUUGGGAACAAGCGGUCUUCCAUCUCGAACGUCCCAUCCUGAUGAACAAAGGUGAAAAGUUGCACCUGAGGGCGUCGGCUGCCGAAAGUCGAUUGAAGUUCGAGGUGGUCAACAAGAACGUACGUUUCGAGGAGUACGUCAACGUUCACGAUGCUUCCGGCGAUAUCGUUACAUUCCUCAAUGAUGCGGCGCUGGUACAAGCGAUCUGUAACGUUGCGGACACUUUUAAGGAGGCCACUGAUCUUAAGGUGAUAGACUUAAACUGUUUCCCACUGUUUGGUUUUCUGAUGGCCAAGAAGGGCAGUUACGUAUAUCACGUCUACCAGAACGUCGAUGAUCUUCCGUUGUUCCGUGAGGUGAUGCGCUUGAACGACAUACCGAGUGACAGGGUAAUAUUCGUUGACUCGUCUCAAAACUGCGCCCGAUACGCUGCCUCUUGCAACGUAUUGUUUUACGAUGGCGUUAACACGGAUGGAUCGUUGGCUAAAACUGGCGGUGGAUUGGUGACCCCGCUUCUGAAGAGCGGGCUAGAGGGCGGCACAUUACCCCGUUGCAUUCCCAAAGCUAUUCAUAUCCGUGUGCAGCUCAUCGCCAGUCCGGACAUCGACAACUGGAACAAAGUCAAUAGUGACAAUUGUCUUGGCUACAAAAUUGAUAAAUUCAUGAACGAGUACACUGGAUCUGAACACCCCAACAUAUUCAACAUGCGUGCUGCUCUCUUAUCUCGCACAAUCGCCCUAAAAAGUAACCCGAUUUAUUUCGAGAGCGUGAUCCAAGUACCUGUUGUUGCUAAAGGUUUUUUGAAUGGCGUUCACUUCUGGUACGACAUCGUUUUUACACCUGAGAUCACCGUUCCAACUUACAAAUCGCUGUAUCAUCGUAAGAGCUGCGCCAUUUUGGAGAAUCCGCGUGUCGUCGAACCGGGGCAAAUUGUCAAGCUUUAUAUUAAACGAGAGGAUAAUUACUUGAAGAUUUCGAUUGUAGAUGAUUAAACAAUAUUCUCAUUCAUAUGUGUUGCAUGGCCAUUUGUCUGUUAAUGUUUGGUCUAGUUAUGCAGUACAUUUCGUCUACAAAACAUGACAAUGCUUGACUAUGUAAAAUUUGUCUGGUGUUCAAACAUGUACUACUCAACAGAGUACUUUGUAAUUUAUCAAUUAACUAUGAUAUUAAUGUAAAUCAAAAUCAUAUGAAUAUCACUGACUUAAUAGUAAAAGUCUUAAAUGUAAUUCUUCGAAUUUUGGACUGAAUUGACUGAUUGUAUUUGAAAUUAUUAAUGUGAUGGAAUAAUCUUCUCUUAGAUGUUUAAAGAUAAUUGUAUCUUGUUUAAUUGAAAAUUUCCUAUUGUAACGUUGUUUACAACUAAUUAAAUUAUUGUACAAGGUUAUAAAAUAUCAAGGAUUUUUCAAUGCUGUAACGAAUUAUAAUUUUCCAUAUUGAUGUUAUUCCAUCUUUUUAUUUUAAAUGUUUUUAAAAAUGUUUUACUAAAGUACUAGUUGUAUGAUAAGAUCAUCUUCAUGUACUUCUAUAGAAAUUCUAUCUUUAACUUAUUUUUCUAGACGUUAUUUAUUUAUAUACAGAUAUCUAAAUGGUUUAGCUUUGUCUGCUUUAUGUUAUAUAUUGAACAUACGAUGUAUGUAUUUUAUUGUAAAUACAUUAUUGAUUACCAUGUAUAGAUGAUCGAACGACGAUGUAAAAAGGCACUUGUAGAUAUGUAAAAGAUAGUAACCAUAUGGACUGAGAAAUGUUUAGAAAUUGUUUACGAGUUGGGUUAUACAGGGUAUACUAGUCACAAAAACCAAAGUUUUAAAAUUGGUUUCACUUUUAUAAAGGUAUUUUGUACUUUAUGGCCUGUGACCAACUUUAAUCAUUGGACAUGUAUUAUCAAUUUUUACUUUUCUCUCAUCUGGGAAUGAAUAUUCAGCCCAAAACUUGUUUCGUAUUGUCUAUGUCGAUGUUUUAUUGGCGUUACAAUGUUUAAUAAUAUCUUGGCUGUUUAAUUUUAAGAUAUAUUUGUGUAAAAUAUAUGGUAUAAUAAUUAUAUAAUAUAUAAUUAUUAUAAAGUCCGUUAAAUAAAGCAUACAAAGCCACA